AUGGCUGCGGAAUGUCCACACACAGAGAAGGAUCUAGUGUGUCCUGUGUGCUUGAGCUCAUCCAGGCCUCCAAUCAAUCUGGAUCUAAAGAUAGCAGCAGAUGUCUUCAAAAAGAAGGCAAAGCAGAUCAGGGUCAAAUCUGUGGACCGCUGCUCAAUGCACAAUGAGGAGUUGAAUCUCUUUUGUCGGAAAGAUGCAGAACUUAUCUGUGCUGUAUGCACGUCAUCAAGGAGCCAUGCAAAUCAUGAGUACUGCCCGAUAACUGAGGCAGCAUCAGAAAUAUUGAAAGAGCUCACAACUAGGUACAAUCCCUUGAAAAGGCAUCUUAACAGCUUUGAAAAAUUGAAGGAGAGCUUGGAAGAAAUGGAGGCAUACAUACAGACACAAGCAGCCGAAACUGCAGAAGAAAUAAAGAAAGAGUUUGAAAAGUUACAUGCAUUCCUGAGGGAGGAGGAGUCCGCUCGGUUGAAGGUACUGCAAAAUGAGAGGGACAACAUGACUGAAGCAUUAAAAGAGAGAAUGAAAGAAGUCAAUAAGAAGAUUGAAGAGCUCUCUGACAUCAUAGACUACAUAGAACCCAUCAUAAUGGCAGAUGAUCUAUCAUUUUUAAAGACUGAAUCAACAAGCAAUGCAUUACAGGACUAGUUAUACUGUGGUUGAAUCAGAACACACAACGGGGGCUCUUAUAGAUGUGUUUAAGUACCUGGGAUCAUUAAAGCAUGUCGUCUGGAAAAGGAUGGAAAAAGUUGUCAGUUGCAGCCCUGUCAAGUUUGAUCCAGGCACAGCACAUCCUAACUUGAUCAUUAGUGAUGAACUCACAACCAUUAAAUAUGGUAAAAAACAGCAGCUUCCAGCAGCAGAUGUUGAAGUGGGAGACAACAAAGAGUGGUACAUCGGUGUGGCAAGGGAGUCCAUUAAGAGAAAAACUGCAGUUUUCCUCAACGCUACAGAGGGUUUCUGGAUAAUUGCACUGAGUGAUGAGGACUCAUAUUGGGCUCAGACCUCUCCCCGAACAUGUUUUGACUAUGACACAGUUAAACUUGACUAUGAGAAAGGAAAGGUUUCAUUUUGUAAUGUUGAAGAUGGCAGCAGUAUUUACACAUAUAAAGACAAGUUUACAGACAGAAUCUUUCCUUUUUUUCCACUGGGAUACAGAAGGGGAGCACACUUAGAAUCUGUGCACUUUAGUGUGUCAGCUUGAACAUACAGUAAACCAUUGCUUCAUAGGCACUUAAUAUGCUUCAUAGGCCAUAUCAAAACUAGCUAUCCUAAAAUAAGUGUUUCCACAAAAUCAUAUUAUCACAAAACAUACUGUAUAUAGCGAGGACUUUAAUGGUAUGUGUUCAUUUUCAAAGACUAAUUUCCUUUUGUUUAUGUGUGAGUAAUCUUCUAGUUAUGAGGUAUUGUCUUGCCAGUAUUCAAGUAUGUGAGAGCAGUUUGUUACGUUACAAUGUGUGUGUGUGUGUGUGUGUGUGUGUGCGCGCGCAUAUACAUUAUAUGUAGUUUAUUGGUGUAAUAUAAUUUGUUAUAUAGGUCAGAUCAUGAAGUGUUUUUUGUUUCUGUUUUCCAAAAUCCCAGGUCUGAUGUAAUGUUUACGCAUGGUUAGUGGUUCAAUAAACAUUAUUGAACUUUUGCAGUUUAUCCAAGUAUGUUCUACUGAAGAAGACCCACUUCUUGCAACACUGAAAAUAUGAAACAUGUAGUAGUGCUACAUGGUUUAAAUGGUGGUAGAGAUGCAUGUUUCAUAUUUCUUUAAAACUAUAUACAGGAGCUAAAUGGUUAUUUUUGAUUCAGAACAUGCAGAGCUAUUUUUAGUGCCAAGCAUUUCAAUCCCAUGGUAUCAUCGACACAAGUCAA